AUGAGCGAGUGGUUCGGAAAGAAGAAGUUGCGCAAAGAAGAGCCUGGGUGCGUUGUGAACGUGCCCUCGCACCACACCGCUUUCAAGCAUGUGAUUUUUGCGAGCUGGCGAUUUCAAAACACUUUCCCUCGAUCUUCUCCUUCCGAUUUCCUUUGGGAAAAAAUGCGUGGGCUCUUCUUUGUCCUGGUGAUGUGCACAGCGGGCGCCUCUGCUUUCAGACUCCAGCAAGUCAAAAGCACAGAAAAGUGCCCAGAUCACACCGUGUUUUUCAAACACUACUAUGAACUGCACGGAGAACCUGUGGUUCUGAAAUGCCCUUCCCCCAGAUACAAACAUUUGGAUUUUUCUGCCUUGACCCCUAAUAUCACAUGGUAUAAAAAUGGUUCAAAAACCAUGAUAUCAGGAAGAGAUGAAGAUCCAAGAAUCUGGGCAGAAGGAGAUGCACUCUGGUUCUUACCAGCAAUGCUAGAAGACUCAGGAGUAUAUAUCUGCACAAGAAGGAACUCUUCGUACUGCGCCGAGGUCUCCAUCCACCUCACGGUCGUGGAGAAAAGAGCUGCUCGGGAGAUUGCCUAUCUCCAGGUCCUCUUCACUUUCACCUCUGGAAAGAUUGUUUGCCCUGAUCUGUGGGAUUUUACACCAAAUAGGACAAGCCUGGAGCUCAAGUGGUACAAGGAUGCUCUGCCUUUGGAAGACGACACUGAAAAAUUCGUAAUUCUGAAAGAUUCGCCUUCUCUGAUCCUGACUUCUGUACUACCAACAGACGCUGGCUAUUACACCUGCACGAUGCCAUUUCCAUUUGAAGGUGUAACGUAUGAAAUCACCAGAACAAUUCAGCUGGAGGCUGUUG